UUGCUCCUGGUGGUGCACUUGAGUCCGAUUCGAGAAUGACAGACAUAGGAAAAUCGAUAGCAAAACAAUGUUGUGGUGUGCCCCUUGUGGCGAAAACUCUAGGAGGUCUUAUGCACCUCAGAAAUAAAGGAAGUGACUGGGUCUCCAUCAGGCAAAAUAAGAAUUUCGCCAGUAUAUCAAAGGAUCAAAACAACGUCAUUUCAAUAUUGAAGUUGAGUUACGAUAAUUUGUCUCCGAGUUUGAAACAAUGUUUUUCUAUUUGUUCCAUUUUCCCAAAAGAUUAUUGGAGAAUUAAGAGGCAGUUUUUAAUUCAUCUGUGGAUGGCCGAAGGGUUCCUUCAACCAUUUGAAGAAGACGCAAAAUGGAUGGAAGAUCUUGGGGAUGAAUAUUUCAACAAUUUGUUGUCUAACUCAUUUUAUCAUGAUGUGGAGAAGGAUGUUCACGGAAACAUCAAAUCAUGCAAGAUACAUGAUCUUCUGUAUGAUCUUGCAAUAAGUGUUACUGGGAAGCAUGAACACUCUCUCUCGCUUGCGAAAGACAUUAAGAUGAAAGAUGCUUCUGAAGUUCGCCGGUUGGGUUUGGUAUUUAAAGAUGAAAGCUUAACAAUGUUGCGGGAAUUCUUGCGCGCCUCGAAAAAGGUUCGUACUUUACUUCUCUUUGAGCAAAGCCAUAGUAAGGAUAUUGAGCUCAUCUGUAGGAAUAGCCACCUGCGUGUACUAGAUUUGACUGGCUUGAGCAUAAGUGAAAGCUUAAUAACUUCUAUUUCGAGAUUAAGACAUCUUCGGUAUCUUAACCUCUCAUCUCCUAAGGAUUGUCAUAUCAAAAUACUACAUGAUAGGUCCAUUGGUGCAUUGUAUAAUUUGCAGACACUAGUACAUAAUCAGAGAGGGACGGAGAUCGGUGAGUUAAAAGGUCUCAACUUGCUUGAAGGAACAUUUCAGAUAUAUAAUCUUAAGAAUGUGAGGGGUGGCAUUGAAGAAGUACUAAGUGCAAAUCUAAUGGAGAAGCGAAAUGUUCGCCACUUGGGGCUGCAUUGGAGUUGUAGAGGUUUUGGUGAUACUGAUGACGAAGAGGAGCAAGAGCAGGAAGAGGAGUACAAUUAUCAUAGUCCUGAAUUAGUAUUGGAAGGGCUCCAGACUCACCGUAAUCUGAAAAGUCUGACAGUUGAUGGUUUCAAAUGUGCAAAGCUUCCGUCAUGGAUGGAGAUGACUAAUAUUUCUGCGUCUUUACCAAAUUUGACAGAGAUCCAACUGCGAAACUGCAACAGAUACGAGCAGAUUGUGGGGUUCAUGCAGAUUCCUCACUUGAAGAAGCUGAUCUUAUGUAAACUUCCCGAGCUGAAAGAAUGGGCGGAGUCGUUGUCAGCAGCAACAUCAUCUUCGAACAACAGCAGUUCUCAUCUUUUUCCAUGCCUCGAGGAGUUAUUCAUCAAACUUUGUCCUAAAUUGUGCAGGUUGCCAACUUUGUCAUUUCCAUCUCUCAAGAAUUUCGAGGUUAAGCUCAGCAAUGCCAUGGUAUUGAGUUCAAUUCUACCGAACUUAACAUCUCCAUAUGUCCUCAAAAUGAAUGGAAUUUUAGAUCUUGAGUAUCUACCAUGGCAAACAUUGCAACCUGCACUAAGUAUCUGGAAAUUUGGGGUUGCCCAAAUUUCCGAGGUUUCCAUCUGGCGGAGGAGAACAACAUAUCUGCACCCAAAUUCUUUGUCAGUGGAUCUGGAACGCAUUAAUGACCUCGAGAUGAUAAGAAUUGGUUGGUUUUCUGAGGCACCAGGAGUGUUUCCUUUUUCGGCAGAGCAAUUCUCCUCCUUUCCCUCUCUCUGGACAUUUGAGAUAGAUGGGUGCUCUACACUCAAAUGUCUACCUGAGCAGCUUCAACACCUCACCAUGCUGGAAAAUAUGAGAAUAUCCAACAUGCAUUCUGACAUGGUGGCUUUGCUAGAGUGGUUUGGGAACUUGCCAUCAUCAGUAAAAGUGCUGGAGAUUUUGAAUUGCAGUGGUCUAGAGUAUCUUCUUUCUGAGAAUGAAAUGCUAAAGUUCACUUCCCUUUGGUCUUUGAGAAUUGAAGGAAUUGCAGAAGUAGAAGGGAUACAACACCUCACAGGACUUCGGAACUUAGAGAUUCGUGGAUGGUCAAAGCUGAAUUCUCUUCCUCACCAACUCCAACAACUCACAAGUCUAACAAGGUUAAAAAUAGAUAACUUUGAUGAAUUAGAGGUAUUACCUGAAUGGCUGGGAUCACUUGAGGAGUUGGAGAUUUGGGAGUGCAAGAAUCUGUUGCAGUUGCCUUCUAAGAUAACCAUGCAAAGCUUAACGAAACUGAAUUUCCUAUCGAUUAAAGCAUGUCCUCUAUUGGAGGAAAGAUGUUGCUCCAAAACUGGGGAAGAGUGGGAAAAGAUUUCUCAUAUUGAAGACAUCUCCAUUGAAUGAAAGAAUAAAGAUCAGAUUGAGGGUUUAACGAAUAGUUCGACGUGGAUUAGAAGAGUUGAAGCUGAUGCCUGGUCAUGUUAUUUGUCAGCUUGAUUGCAUUGUCACUGGUCUGGUUUGAGGUUGGCAGCAAAGUGCAACAGAAAGACCUUGACGUUCCUGGAUAGCUCAAUUUUGAGUUUUAGUAGAAAGCAGUCAGGAGCCACAGAAAACGGUGCAGUAGUAUCAACAUUUGGUGUUCAAUUGAUUCAACUAAAAAAUAUUUAAGGCUCCUCACUUUAUUAGACCCGGCUAUAUUUUAUUUAGUUAUCAGAAUUCAUCAGCAUUUUCAGUGAAUUAAGUAGUAGAAA